AAGGACUGCCCGGCCUAAAGUUAUGUUGGCCACUACGGUAGUUCCUGAUAUAGUGAUAAGUUACUGGCUACCGGUAUUCAUACUUUUUCCAUCUCAUCUAUUUUGAGCUUAACUUAUUGCUCAUCACCUGAACCCAAUACCGGUAGAUGACAGGUUGUCCAUGGGUGAUGACGAUGGCCUAACAAAGCAAACUCUUCCCCGGCCAACUUGUGAGCAGAUCUUUUGUUCCUCAUAUCAUACCACAAUCUUUGUGAACUUUCAAGAAACCAACUAUUUCCCCCUCCCCCGCAUCACCAUCAUCAUCACCGCCAUCAUCAGACCUUUGAGAGGGAGGCCUGCUGGAAUCCGCCUGGUUCGUUGCAAGACCCCCUCUGGUUGGAAAAGCGCUUCCGUACGCGACUCUGAUUGGUAUUGAGGUUUGUCUUUCGUUUUUUCAUCACGAUACCAUACCCCGCUCCUUAUCGUUAUCCAACAGAGCCUCAUUCUCUCCUUCUCUGUGUUUUGAUGUGUGGAACUUUGGAUGAAGCCUCCCAAUAUCCCUACCGCUGUCGAAUCUUUAACCCCCACAACUAAUUAGCUCUAUUCGCAUUUACAAGCUACCAUAAUCUACUGGUACCCCCUUUCUCAUCUAUCAUAGCAACUGAAUCCGCACCCCUCUACCACACGCUAGGAUGUUUGGAUCUUCCGUAAUAACACCCGUCCCCACCCAUACUUUUCCUGGUUUCUCGCAGCAUGCAACUCCUAUCGCAGCUAGUACUGACAUUCGCAGAGAAAACCCUUCUCGGCCGUGACAGUACAUAUCGAGAGACUCACUUCCGAAGAGUAUGACGAAAACGAUGUGAGUGGUAUCCCAGAACUUAUCGAAGCCGUCAAGCUCCAAGAUUCCGGACCAAGCGAGGCCAGCCGGGCCAUUCGAAAGAAGCUGUAAGACAUAUUUUCACCCGUUAACCAGCUGUCAAGAAUGUGUUCACAACUAACGGAAUUUCCACUCCCCAGCAAGUACGGCAAUGUCCACCGCCAGCUUAGGGCCCUAACAGUCAGUGAAUCCUCAUCCCCUCCGUCUUUCGCUCCAUGUUAACGUUCCGACAGAUUCUCGAUGCCCUUAUCGGAAAUGCUGGUGCCCGUUUCCAGCGUUCUUUUGCUGACGAGCCCCUACUCGAGCGUCUCCGCGUUACUGCAACAGACACUAUGACCGAUCCGGAUGUCAAAGCAAAGAUCAAGGUUCUUUUCGGGCAAUGGGCACGCGAAUAUAAGGACGUCCAGGGACUCACUGGGAUUGCCAAUCUCUAUAAGCAACUUCCCCAGCGCAAGAGGGCGAGACCUCAGCCCCAGGGUCUUCGUGAAACCAGCCCCGACCCUGAAAGGGCCACAUCGCCAGACCGCCAGGCCUCCCGAAGCGGGCGUGCCCCCACGUCCCCCAAAGUUCCUACUUCGCCGAAACACUCACCCAUCACCCUUGGUCCGUCUGAAGCCCUUAUCAGUUCCUCCAAGACGCACAAGAAAUCCAGCUCGAAAGCAAAGAACAAGACACCCUCGUUCGAUCUUGAGAAGGAGAAACCCGCGCUGUUACAAUCUCUCGCGAACGCCUCUGUUGCCUCCACGAACCUUAAAAAUGCACUGAAGCUCAUUAAUAGAGAAAAGGAGCGACCUUCUGAGAAUGCCGAGGUACUCAAAAGAUUUGAGGCAUGCAAACAGCUAAGACGAAGCAUUCUGAGGUUUAUCCAGCAUAUGGAGAGUGAGCAGUGGCUUGGAGGGCUGAUCCAUGCCAACGAGGAGCUAGUUGAAGCGUUGACGCUCUAUGAGGUACUCAACAAGCCCAUAGAAGAAGACUCUGAUAGUGAAGAGGAGGACUGGAACUCCACGCCAGAGAGGAGCAUCGACGAGGUUAGCUCCGGCAUGGGAAAGAUGCGGAUGCAUGGUCCAGGAGAUGAGGAUAGGUCACCAUUACCCGGCAGGCCUACUAGCGCCAGGGCCAAAGGGAAAGGCACCGAUUACUUAUAUCGGAGUGAGCCUGAGGAAGUGGAGGAUCCAGAUGACCCCUUUGGGGACAAUCAGUAUCGCAUGGAAGAGACCUCAUCAACAGAACCAUCCGGAUUGAAGUGGUGAGUGAAUAUCGCUAACCAUCGCAAUCUAGAGAUUCUGACAUUUAUCAAGGCGGGUGGUUUAGGGCCAAUCAGCGCCCCCAGUACCGCACUCUGCCGUUCCGGAGCACUUCUCGGGAGGCUAAUAAAUGACUGUCUUCAUCACCU